CAUCGGCUCAUUGCUGAAGAAGUGCUCGCGCGGGAACACACGCCACACGCUGAGAGAUCUGGUUGAGGCAGCCAGCACUCUUGGUAUUCAUUAUGCAUCGGAUCCGACAUCCGGAUUGACGCGACAGAUACGCGGCAACAAAAGACGUUCGAGAUGGGGAAUUCAUCAUCGCAAUUGCAGCCGCCUGCGACGCAAGCUCACCACGAGCCGGAGAGGGCGCAAACUCCAAGUGACACCGGCAGUCAAAUUCUUGCACGUGAAUUGGAACAAUCUGCAUACAAAUCCAGUCAAGCACACAUCAAUCGCCUUUUGAAUUCAUCACCGGAAGUCCACGGAAAAUAUGCUACCCCAAUGGAGCGUCGCAGAGCAAGGGCCACGAAGGCGGCCAGCACGAAUACCACACACGCUAAAUCCGCAUUCGAGCGCAAAAGAUCUAAGCGACGACGACUGUCACCGCCCGACGAGGACGAGGUCAUCUUGAGAACCCCGGCGGCGGCUACCUCCAAGCCACGGCAUCGUCCAGCUGUACAGCCACCUCCACAAGAUAAGCAGUCAUCGCAAUGGGUGCAAUCGGAGAGCCCAGAAAUUGUGUACGAGAAUAAUGUAGAAGACGACGUGGACGAGGGCGAUCGGCCCAACGCAGACGAAGAAGCAGAAGAAGAUCCCGAAGUUGAAGAGCUGGAGAAGGGUCACCAGAAUGACGAAACGGAUGAUGAAGUCGAAGACGAAGUCACAUCACACGGCAAGGUCAAAAGAUCGGGACUAAAGAAAGGCCCUUUUGAUAGAACCGAAAUAGCAAUACUCGGCUCUGCCUUUGAGCGAUCAUGUGAUUUGAUGAAUCUAAGUCGCGAGCAACUACAGGCAGAGAUCGCAAGAUGGGGAAACACAGGACCCGAGGUUCCAUACAAGAUCGCUUUCAGAGAGGCGCUGCCCACUCGCGACUGGCGAAGCUUGAGAAAGUUCUGCCGUCGAUAUUUUCCGGGCCUGGACACCAAACGCUCUGGUCCGUUUUCCGAAUCAGAAAAGGAGGCUAUUAAGCAGACUUUGGAUGGGACGCUACAGGCUCAGAGUCUUACACGAGCCGAGUUCCUUGGUACGGUUUGUACUGGGAAAGGACCUGUCUACGAUGCGUUGUUAGCCGCACUAAUAGCUGUUGUGCCUCAAAGAAGCGCACGAAGCCUGAGGGACUACAUACAACGAGCGUACAAACAUGCCAGCAAGACGAUGCCUGGCGAUGCGGCUGUGGAGAGAGCAGCGCAUGAGCUUGCUACUGGAAACCGACCAUUGGCGAGUCACAUCGACGAGGGCAUGACUUUUGUGGAAGAAGACUUGGAUGCAGGGCAGGUGUUGGACCCGCAAGCGACGGAGAGAGUAGUAGUAGCUGUGGUUAUCCCCGUGGAGCGGCCAAAGAGCUCGCAACCACCAGUGGAAACACUUUCCGAUUCGGUUCAGCCUGACAGUCCUCAGAUGAAGCUGAUGUCGACGGAUCCGAUAUCAAAGGAGGUUCAGAAUUCGGAUGAUCUGAUCAUGUCGGACGACGAUUUGCCAGCGAUGAGACAAGAACUUCCAGAAAGCGCCCCAGAUAACAUCCAAGAGGAACGGCCGACGCUGCAACAGCCAACGCCAGUCACGAGCUCAUCUAGUAUUGCUAUGCCGGAAAAAGCGCCUCGAAUCGAAGUGUCUAACGCACAAGCAAGACAACCUGACAUCACGGCAGAGCAGCAUCUCCACAUAUUUGAUCGCGGUGACUACUACGACGUAAUCAGAGAAAACCUGGUCGCACUUGGUAGAAACCCUGCAAUGGCUGAUUUGAUCGAGAACAAUCAAGACCUGGGCACCGGAAACGACCAGUUCUGGCGAGCGGUGUCCGACGCUGCACUGCAAAGCAAGCUAUCCAGCAUUGGUGAUCCUGCUUUAAUCACCAGACUUCGUCAAAUUGCUUAUUGCACAGCUAGCUACGAGUUUCAACCGUCGCCAGUAAUGAGAGCUCUACAGAACGACGAUCAAUGUCAUCCUCGCCAGAAGAUGGAGUUCCUGCUAGACUCAAUCCUUAGUAUGGGCAAUGUCUCUGCGAAAAUCCUCCCGCGGCUCUGGCGGUAUGACCUCGUUGAUUGCACGCGAGAGGAAGCCGCCUGGAUUCGGUAUUCCGAAGAGUUGGAGAAAGAGAAAGCCAAGGCCAAAGCCCGGAACCAGCUCUCUGGUGAGCAUGACGAGAGCACCCCCAAGCUUUCGAAAAAGGCCAAGAAACGCUUGAACGCACUGAGGUCCCGAGCGCAGGCCGAGACCGAACGAGCAUCGGACUUGGCCGCUGGUGGGCGGUCCACAGGGACAUUAGCACCUGCGGCACAAGUCCGAGAGAAUCAAGUGGAUGUAUCACAGAUGUCAAGAAUUCCAUCCUCGCUUGAGGAUUUAGACCAAUCGUCAGACCUGGACGAUGGUCCAAUCCGCUUCGGAGAAGCCGACUGGCCUCUACAACACAAUACUACAAAGGUUACCCGAAAGACUCAGGAUGGUCGGUAUUCUGCCACUGGCCUUAAUGCCAGACACGCACCCACGACUGGCGCAGCGAGCAACAUCCAACCUCCGAUCCUUCGCGCGACAUCGAACAUUGAGAUGAAUCAUCUCAAAGCAGCCGAUGCGUCCAAGGGAGUUCAAAAUCAGAAGCAUGCAGUAGAAGCAGUCGUCGCGAGCAGUCAAACUGAAAAUCACACAAGAACCGGGGCCACAAAAUCGAAAAAGCGUCGACGUCGAUCACCGUCACCCGAGCCAAGCCAAGAACAAGCCACAUCGACCACAGCGGCUGCCAAACUCAAAGCUCGACAUGCCGCAAAGAAGCCCAAGAUCCAGGCAACUGUAAUACCGGAGUCUCCUGUGCACCAGAAACUGGCCAAAAAGACCGCAGCGCAUAACGUUCACAGUACGCCUGCUGGUCCAAAGCGUGCUUAUGGCGAUAUGAGCAGGGAGACGUUCUUGCAGAAGUGUAGAGCUGGCGGGGUCUGAUCAUUAUCUGCUGGUGAUGUGAUGGUGUGAACGAGUUUGCAGUCGUUCGGUUGACGAAUAGGAUGUUGGGAAUCGUGUGCUUCAGAAUUGAAACACGCGUGGUGGUCGGAAUGCGCAGAGUUUUAUCAUUGUAGAACAAGGAGUUGGAAAGGAAAAUACCCCCGGGACCGGAACGUCCCUGAUGAUUCAUUGUUAUUGUUUGUUGCAGAGUGCUGGGCCUAGUUCACCGGCCUACUUAUAUAACACAAAUGUCAUCGUGGGCUGCUGAUGAAGCGGCCCUCCGAGUUCUGCGCGGUUCCG